AUGUCCCAGUUUCUGGAAGGACUAGCUCAUUUGAUAACCCAGGGCUUCCGUCAUACUUCUUUGGAUUGCCCCAGCAUUCUCAUGAAUCUUAGUGGGGAGGUCAAGAUCGCGCGGGUUGACUGCUGUAUCCCCCGGCAGGCAAACCGAGUCCAAGCGAGCGACCUAGCGCCUGUGUCGAGAAUCAUGAUGGAGUUGAUGCAAAAUAACGCCAAGAACGACGGGGCAGUCGGUAUUGAUGAUCUUGAACGCUGGUCAGCUUGCCCAGCUACCAUAGAAUUUCUUUCUGCGAUUACCUCAGCCAGCUCCUUUGAAGAACUGAAAAAUGUUUGUGAGCCGCCCAGUAAUUUUGCUCUUCAUAUAUCGACCCGAUUCAUCGAAGACGCCAGCGCCCUGAUCGCCUUUUUCCAGACUAACAGACUUCACGGCUGCCUCCCUCGCGGAACUGCAACUUUCUGGGCCCUGAACGACCCAGGGCAGAACUCCACUAUUGACCAGACAAUGACUGACAACCUGGACCUGCUCAUCACGUGCCACCUGUAUCACGAAAACUACGGAUCUGACCACCGGGCGACAUACUCCGAAUGGAACCUGCAAGCUCGGUCCAAGUCCACCACUAAAGCGAGGAAGGUGUAUGACCGCGCAGACUGGACCAAAAUCGGCGAACAGGUUACCCAACAAAUGAGCCCGUGGAAGGAAAUCAGAACUCGACCAGCACUCGACGCAAUUGUGGAGAGGCUUAUGGAAGUAACAGCUCAGGCCGUCGACCAGUUCGCACCAAACUCACGACCAUCAUCAUAUGCUAAUCGGUGGUUUACACCAGACCUCAAAGCUCAACAGGUCGAAGUCAACCAGGUUCGCAGAAGAUGGCAAGCGAGCUGCGCCGAGCUUGGACGACAUCACCCGACCUCUAUGGCCGCGUUUCUGGACAUGCAACGGAAACGACGAACGUGGACUCGGAAGAUUGAGAAAGCGAAAUCAUCCCAUUGGAAACGGUUUCUCGAUGAGGCGGGCGAAGGCAAGCUCUGGAAAGCCGCAACUUACAUGAAACCUCGAGAAACCUGGGGGUGUGUUCCCGCGCUGCAGGUCGAGGCAGCGCAGCUCACCGACAAUGAAGACAAGGCACAAGCGCUUCUGGACUCGUUCUUUCCUGAAAUGAACCCGCCCGACCCACGUCCACCAGAUGUGACGGAGCUGGAACUCCCGUGGCAGCCGAUCACCGAGCCCGAAAUUCAACGAGCGCUUAACGCGACCAAAGGAACCACCGCACCCGGAGGAGAUAGUCUGCCGAUGCUAGUGUGGAAGAAGUUAUGGAGUCACUUGAAAAGCAUUAUCACUAGUAUCUUUACCGCCUCCCUGAACCUAAGCCAUCACCCAAAGCAAUGGCGAAGCGCGAAAAUCGUGGUACUACGGAAACCAACAAAGCCAGAUUACUCGAUCCCUGGAGCUUACCGCCCAAUCUCAUUGCUGAACACGCUCGGUAAACUUCUGGAGGCAGUGGUGGCCCGACGACUGUCCUUCCUAGCCGAAAAGCACGGGCUACUCCCGAACAGCCAAUUUGGCGGACGCCCGGGAAGGACGACCAAGCAGGCCCUGUUGGUCCUCUCCAACGCAAUCGACCGUGCAUGGUACAAACACAAAGUGGUGACCCUUGUCGCAUUUGACCUUAAGGGUGCUUUCAACGGGGUAAACAAGACCAGCUUGAAUUCCUGCCUACAGGCACGAAGGAUCCCCACGAUCGCAAGAAAAUGGAUCGCAAGCUUCAUGAGCGACCGCCACGCGAGCAUUGAAUUUGACGACUUCCGCACCCCGAUGAAACCGCUUGCAAAUGCUGGGCUGGCACAAGGAUCGCCUCUGUCCCCGAUUUUAUUCGCAUUCUUCAAUGCCGACCUAGUCGACCAACCUGUAGAUCACCAUGGUGGUGCCUCAGCGUUCAUUGACGACUACUUUCGCUGGCGAGUGGGCAGCUCGGCUGAGGCCAACCUGGCCAAGAUCCAGACAGAGGACAUUCCCCGCAUUGAGGAAUGGGCGCGGCAGACCGGCUCCUGCUUUGCAGCCGAGAAAACCGAGCCUAUCCACCUGACCAGGAAGAAAAGAGAACAUUUGGAAGGACAAAUCGUCGUGAAUGGCAUAAUCGCCCGACCAUCAGCCACGGCCAAGCUACUGGGAGUGGUAUUUGACCAGGAGCUGCGGUGGAAAGAUCACGUACAGCAGGCCAUCAAACGAGCAACCAAAACCACCAUCGCACUGUGCGGGUUACGACACCUACGCCCGGAACAGAUGAGACAACUCUAUCAAGCAUGUGUCACACCUGUGGUGGACUACGCGUCGAUGGUGUGGCAUGACCCGCUUCGGGACAAGACGCACUUGCGGCACUUGAAUACAGUACAGAGAACACCCCUGAUCCGCACCCUAUCGGCAUUCAGGACGGUUGCGACCGCAACGCUAGAGGUAGAACCCCACGUACUUCCCACCCAUCUUCGUCUUCGCCACCGAGCACAGCGCACCAUCGCCGGACUACACACACUGCCUCGUGAUCACCCGGUUUGGACGGCACUUCUGCGGGCACAGAAACGUAGAAACAAUAUCGGAUCGUAUGCGCGCUUCCCGCUGGCAGAAGCCUUGAAGACUAUGGACCUCGACAGGCUGAAUGAAUUGGAAACGAAUGACCCCCGACCGCUGCCGCCAUGGCGUGCCGAUGCCUUUACAAAAGUUGAGAUCGAGUCAGACCAGGAAAUAGCGAGGGAACGGGCAGAGACCGCGCGGUCCACGUCUGAUGCGAUUGUGUACUCGGACGCCUCGGGUCUUAAAGACCAUCUAGGCGUGGCCGUGGUCGCACUAGACGCAAGUUUGGAGGUAGUGGGAUCUGAACAAAUUCAAGUAGGGCCAAUGGACCGCUGGUCGGUUCACGUAGCGGAGCUUAUAGGCAUCUUUUACGCCAUCAGUAUGGUGUUCAGAUUGGCUCACCAGCGCUCAAGCGGCGCGUACGGACGUCCAACGACGGCGACAAUUCUAUGUGAUAGCAAGUCGGCCUUGCAGUCAAUCCAGAACGCAAGAAACAAAUCAGGGCAACGGAUCGUCCACGUGAUUCUCUUAGCAGCCGCCGAAGUCCAAGCAGAGAACAUCGCGCUUCGUCUCCAAUGGAUCCCAGGACAUUGUGAUGACCCUAGGAACGAUGCGGCAGACCGACUAGCCCGGGAAGCUGCGCGCCCAGGCAAGACCCACCCGUUCCGUCCGCUGCUCACAAGAGAGAACGCGUAUAUCCGCGGAAAUAUCCGAGCGCAGUGGGAGCAAGAGUGGAAAUCUAGCACCAAAGGCGGUCACUUACGGAAGAUCGACAACACCUUACCGGCGACAUAUACUCGAAAGCUGUACGGAAGCUUGUCUAGGGACCGGGCGUACCUACUGACACAGUUACGCACGGGCCACAAUUGGCUGUCUACCUACCGCAAAAACAUUGGCUACUCCGACGACAAUCAGUACGUCUGCGGUGCGCAAGAAACCGUCACGCAUAUGCUGGUGGACUGUCUAAGACUGGUGAAAUUGCGGAGGAAUCUCAGAAAAGAAGUGGGGGACGCGUUCAAUAGCGUGUGGAGUCUGCUGGGAGGCUCCAACGAAGGUGAGAAAGGUAAACCAGACAUCGUCUCGCGAGCCAAAACGGUGAAUGCCGUGUUGGACUUCGCUGAGGCGUCACAACGGUUUCGCAGUCGCGCGCCACGAGGGCAGCCUAACAAUGGGAGCGGCAAUUAG